AUGGCCGCAAAGGCGCCCAAUGCCAUUCUUUUCGGCACCGGCGAAUACACCACGGGCUUAACACCCUCCGGUCAGGCGAAGUCGGACAAGUCGCUCGGCGUUGUUGCUUUGACCUUCUUCGACCUCCGUGCGAAAGGGAAAAUAGGGGAUCGUAUUGCCAUGGUUGGAACCAACGGGGACAAAGAGCCCAAGAUCAAGGAGCAUUUCAGUCGCAACUUGACCUUUCCGAACAUUGGCAGCAAAGAGUUUGAGUUCUUUCCCAAAGAAGGCAAGAAUCCGAAGGCGUUCCUUGAUGCCAUCAAGGCUUUCAAGCCGGGAGACGUUUGCACAGUGUUCACACCUGAUGACACGCACUUUGAAAUCUGCAAGGCCGCCCUGCAAGGCGGCGUCCACGUCUUGGUGACGAAGCCCAUGGUGAAGACGCUGGCGCAGCACAAGGAGCUUGUGCGCAUCGCGAAGGAGAAAGGAGUCCUCUUACAGAUCGAGGUCCACAAGCGUUUCGAUCCGAUCUACAACGACGCCAGACAGCGAAUUCAGAACUUGGGUGACUUCGG